AGGGAGCGUGUGAGGAUAACAAUAGCUUACAACUGAGGAAUCCUAGAAUCAAUGUACCAUCUAUUGUAAAGUUGAUUAAAUCUUUCCUUGCUUAAAUUUACAAUUUAGCCUGAUAUAAACAGCUUUCUAGUCCUUUGCUUGAGUUCAGGGCAUUUUGUGGCUGCCUUGAAGUGCAUCUGUGUUUUGUGUGGGUUAAUUCGAUUAAGUGUGACUGGAGAAAGGAAGAUUCAAUUAAAGUCUAAGCAAAAUCCUGCCCUUAGCCAAAAUGUAGUUGCUUAUUUGCACACAGCCAAGCUUUUAAAAAGCUUUCUUUGACAUAACAGUUGUACCAAGCCUAAAUAAGCAACUUCACUGAAGUAAUGAAAACAGUUAUUGCUUGCAAAUUCCUUUUUCAUGGAAGAUUUUCUACUGCCUUGCCAACUUGGCUUGGGAUGACAUUCCAAGAUAUAAGAAGAGUUACUGUUCUGAGAGCUGAAACGAAUCUGAUUCAAUAACUGGGUUGCCUGGCUUUCCAAAACAAAAAAACAAAAAAACAAAAACCCAUUGGCAUGUAAAAGCAGCUGCAGAGACCUCCAAAUUUGAUUAGAGCAACCGUACUGAGGGACAGUGUUUUAAUCCUCCUCGCCUUAUACAGCAGAAUAUCUGAAGACAUGUGGGAAUGGAAUGAGGGUAGAAAGAGUUCCACAGCCCCAAUGCUAGCCAAGGUCAGACAAGUUGGAUGUUACAUCACCAUUGUUACAUGACAAUAAUGAAAGAAUUGUUGGUGACACUAGUUAAUGGAGAGACAUAGCCCACUCUGGCGGAUGUAAGAAUGUGAUGCAAGAAGCUGGUAGCUGUCUCCUAAAGCCCAUACUUCAAAAGCCUCCCAUACGUUGCAUCUGAGGAACACCCAUGGCUUAUUACCAAGAUAUGGGCCAUUAAGUCAGCCUAAGGCUUUUAUGUUAGGUUUUGCUUUAUUCAUCACAACAGCAUUCAUUCAUUAGCACAUAUCAUGGUGGCUCCUCUUUUGUAGCCAAUGCCUUAUCCUCAGCUGGGUCUCAACGCUAAUGCCUACGCUCAUCCCAGCACCACGCAAAGUCCCACAAAUCCUCAUGCCUUGGAAAAGUUUCAGCUAUAUGUUGUGUGCAGUAGGUGGACUAUGCUAACCUGUGCCUAAAGCGCCACCGUGAGUAAUGGCUCCCCAACAUUUGAUGGAAAAUAUUCACACAUGCCUUCUCAGUGAAGCUAGCCAGUAGCUAAUUGCUUUGAAACAUGGCUCCAAGUGGAAUAUUCAGUCUCUAACUUAUUGGAGGAAAUUAAUAUUUUAAAUAGUCUCCGAUGGACAAUUUACUUGAUUUACUUCCUUGAGCACUUUAAGCAAGAGUGUCCAAAGUACAGCUCUUGAGCCAGCUGCUGCUUGGAGACGUCACAGUGUAGUUUGGCAACGAUCCAUUUUGUAUAAAUGCAGGCUAGAGCUGGAGUAAGGCCAGCAUGAUUUUGUUUUUAAUUGGCCAAGGUAAUGUGUCAUUUUAGUCCCUCCAACAAAGUCUGUUACCUUAUCAAAGGUCAUUUGGGUAGCAAACUUCUCUUUGCACGCCCUCCAUUAGAUGUGGAUGCUAAAUUAAUAUCUUGUUUUGAUGAGACUCCAGAUGCUGACUCAUUUGAUCGCCUUUGUUCCCCACUUGGUUUCUGGGAUAACAUCCUGGAGGGUUAUCUGAUUUGAUGUUAAGUCUUCAUUUCCAUCAUUAAUCACAGCAAAAAACUAAUGCAGUGCUUCUUUCACCUCUGCUCUUUUUUUAUUACAGUUGAGGGCAGUGCUGACAUGACAGAAGCUUUCAUUACUGAUAAUCAUAAUCCUAAAGGUGAAUGGAAAAAGAGUGAAGGUAAACAACCAGUCAUAGAAGUGAAGACAUUGUCUGCAAUUAAGUAUGUUAAUAUUACUGAUGUUCAUGAUCAUGGAGCAGUUCUGCCACCCAUUACUAACUGUGCCAACAGACCUUGCUUUCCUGGAGUUGUCUGCAUUGACCGUAAACCUCCAGAUAUUGGAUACCUCUGUGGCCGAUGUCCAACAGGUUUAUCUGGAAAUGGACGUAUAUGUACAAGAGUGUCAAGACCAGUGUCAAGGUCCACCCAAAGUGUGACUGACGUACCAGUGAAAGUCCCUGGGGAUGUUAAGGUUUCUUCCACUCAAGAUGACAUAAAGAAAUCAGAUAAUACUGAUUUGAGGCUCUCACAAGUUCACAUCUCCAAACCAGAAACAACUUUCCUUACAGCUCGAUAUCCUAUCACUGUUGAUAUUCAACCACUAGCCAGUGAAAGAGUGGAACCUUGGCCUCAGGCAUCAUCUGUGAAGAAGCUGCUUUUGAAUUCCAAACUGUUUCACAGACGCAUUUCACUAGAUGAAGCAAAAAAUAGCACACAGAGCCGCCUUCUGCACUAUGAAACAACUCACCAAAUCUUAUCACACUAUAAGAGUCAUGCCCAGUCACUUGCCAGAAGAAAUGUUUCCACUCAACAGAAAUUACUGGUCAAUACAAGGCCACAUGCUGAUCUGCAGACUCAUACCUCAUUUGAUGGACAGCCUUAUGAGAAAAACUCUCUUGGGACUUCACACACUAGAUCUGCUCUUGGUUUUAAAGCAGGCCGCCCAGGUACUUCUGUUUUAGCAACACCAUUGGCCUCAUCCCAUCUGAAAGUUACUUUUUCUGGUAUAACCCCACAAGGCUCCAUCCGCCCAGCAGGGGCUUCUACAAAAACAAGGGUCCCACUGUGGACAUCUUUGGGCAGAAAGCCUCAUGCCUCCCCAGCCAAUCAUUUGGGCCUUUCCACACCCAUUAAUAGGUUGCUACUUGAGAAGAAAGUCGCCUGUGCACAUACACCAUGUUUCAGUGGUGUGCUUUGUGAGCCAACAAAGAGCAGGGAAUUCAAAUGUGGACCCUGUCCAUUUGGAUACAGCGGUGAUGGAAUUGAAUGUCAAGCAGUUUGUGAUCCCUCAUGUGAGAAUGGAGGAACAUGCAUCACUCCAAAUAUCUGUUCCUGUGUUUAUGGAUUUGUGGGCCCUAGAUGUGAAACACUGGUAUGUAAUAGGCAUUGUCACAAUGGUGGGAAAUGCAUUGCACCGGAUGAAUGUGAAUGCAAACCUGGAUGGAGCAGCCCUUUGUGUGAGACAGCUGUUUGCAAUCCUGUUUGCCUAAACGGUGGGACCUGCAUUCGGCCGAAUACAUGUGCUUGUCCUCAUGGUUUCUUUGGACCUCAGUGUCAGUUCGCUUUCUGCAAUCCUCCUUGUAAAAACAAUGGACAGUGUAUGAGAGACAACAUGUGCUCCUGCAUGGAAGGUUAUGUGGGAAGAAGGUGUCAGAAAAGUGUCUGUGAUCCUAUGUGUAUGAAUGGAGGAAGAUGCAUCAGCCCUGACAUUUGCGACUGCCCAUCUGGCUGGAAAGGAAAGUGCUGCAGUAAACCUGUUUGCUUGCCCAGCUGCUCAAAUGGUGGGGAAUGUAUCGGACCUAAUGUCUGCCAGUGCGCGGCAGGAUGGGUGGGCCUCUUGUGCCAGAUUCCUGCUUGUGAGCCGAAAUGCCAGUUUGGAGGGAGAUGUGUCAAGCCAAAUGUUUGUGCCUGUAGAAGUGGGCAUGGUGGUUCAAACUGUGGACAGAAGCUCCCCAUAGGAUGAAGAAAACAGCAGAAGGACAAUGAAGACAUUCAUUUUGAUGCCGAAAUGCUAAGACUUCCUCCUUUCUUUUAGAGUUGGCAGACAAUGCACCACAGAAACACAGCUAAAUUUCUCCCUCCUGCCUCCACUCAUGGCAAGCAUUAAGUCAUGCUGAGAAAUUACUGAUUCCAGAACUUACUCAAACAGCUUUUUUUAAAAAAAUAAAAUAUAUUUUUAUUAAAGGUUUCUUGAAUUACAAAGGCGUGUUCAGUGCCUCUCAUAUUUUAACAUGUAUCAUUUUUGCAAAUCAGUUUCAUUUAUUAAGACGCUAAGAAGGAAAACGAGAUAG